ACUCGGAAAUAGAAGCAAACUUCCUCGAUAGAUCUCUUUUUCACCGAAUCUGUUGGGUUUCGUAUUCCAAGCCCGGCACUAUCUCCGGGCCCGGCACUAUCUCCGAUCCGGUCACUAUCUCCGAUCCCGGCACUACCUCCGGUCCCGGCACUACCUCCGGUCCCAUGACCGAGUCACUCCCCUGCACACGCACGCUAGAGUGCCGUUGAGCAACAUGCCAUUACUUAUAAGGAGAGCCUCACAGUUUACGGGGCUAUCUAUCGACUCCAAGAAGUAGUGAGAAAUUUUCCUUGUCUUCAUACAAUGUUCGCCUCCGACAAAGACACUGUCGCAGCUGCCCUUGCUGUCGAAGGCAUUGCCUGCAACAAUCUCCUCGCACCAAACCCAAAAUUGGGAAAUGCCAUUGCGAAUUCUCAAAGGAACAAUCUGCCGGAGAUCUCGCUGAUCAAUGCAAAAACUGUUCUCGAGAUCGGCACGCUCGGUGGCUACUCGACCAUAUGGCUUGCACAAACAGGCGCAAGGGUUACCAGUAUCGAGAUCAACCCGAAGUACCGCGAAGUCGCACUGGAGAACGUCGCGGGACUUGACACUGAGAUCAUACUCGGUGCUGCUUUGGACGUUCUGCCGAAGCUGGCCAAGGAAGGCCGCAAAUUCGAUAUGGUGUUCUGCGAUGCCUCUUGGGGCGAACAGAAGAAGUACUUCGAUUGGGCAGUUGAACUGACUAGGCCCAAGGGGUGUAUUUAUGUUGACAACGUUGUUUGGAAUGUGCUUGAAAGUAAUACCGCACAGACGGGGAAGAAUUCGCUCUUGACUCAUGUAGGCAAGAACAAAAGAGUCACGGCUACGCUGGUUCCCAUGAUCUCAACGGCACACACUGUUCUAAAAGCUUUACCUAGACAACUAGCCUAA